AUGGAUCCGGAACUCCAAAAAAUGUAUCAACUGCAGCCACUGACAGCUUCUUUAUCAGACUUGCAAGGAAGGUGCAGUUUCCAGCAAGCUUCUCCAAGAAAAAAACACCCAAGAAUAGCAGAAAUAAAUUGCGGUGACAGACCAGGUAUUUCUGCAUUAACAAAUCCUGACAAACGUCGCCGGGAGGAGCUUAGGAUAAAAUCCCGGGUGAUUAUCGACAGAACAAAGUACAUAGAGCAGUGGCUGCAAGCUCACGAAAGUGUCCAAAAAAAUAAUUUAACCACUUCAAACUGUUCCUCGCCUUCCUCGGUGUCUUCGUCAGUAGUCUACGGUUCGCCGCCUCAGUUAAUAAGAAGUUCCAAGAAGACCCCGCGGUCGCCGCUGAAAGAUUGCAAUCAGCUGAAACGAUUCAAGUCUAAUGACAGCGAGAAACUUAACGCUCAAAUUCGAUUGAAUUACUCACCAGUGAAGAAUAAAGCCAAAGAAAACCAGGUGAAUAAUAAAUCAUCUCCUAAAAAAUUCUCUAAGUACAAAAAGAAUAUUGUUGAUCAAUAUGAAGAAAAUUUAAACAUUGAAUCUUGCUUGUCGCCGAUUUCUGUCAACCCAGCUGAUGACAGUCCUUUGGAGAUAAUGGAGCUUAAUUCUCCAGCUCCUUCAUCAUUAUUCCUGGAGUCUGUCCACAGUGACUGCAAUUCGCCGCAGGUUGAAGAAAUUCAGUCGAUAUCCUCGCCUAGAAUUACUCAAGAGUGCAUCAACAUUGAUGAGUCCGACACUAGCGUGGUUUGCGACGAGAACUUGCCAAAUUUAAACCUGACCAUUCUCAGUGACAGCAAUAAAACAAUCAGUGAUCUCGUUGGGGAUUUGGACGGGUCUCUGGUUGAUAUUGAUGAAAUCCAAUCAGAGCAUUCUCACUCGCGUCGGUCGCUUAAUCACACCAUUGACUCUGAUGAAACUUUUUUUUCAGAGGUUGAAAAUGCUGAUCGUACAGUUAUUGCUAAUAAUAUUGACUGUGAUGAUAAAUCUGAAGAUGAGAGGUAUAAAAAAGUUGUUAUUGAUGAUGAAGAUGACAGUGAGUUCAGUCAUGUUUCUGAAAAUGAAUUGGUGAUCAGUGAAUUUACUUCUCAGUCAGUCAUCAAUGGUGACAGCACGAAGGAAGUGCUCAGUAUUGAGGAAACUAGUGACUUGCAGGAGAAAAAAAUUGUAAAAAUAAAUUGUAAAACUGUUGAAAAUGAGCCUGUUGAAGAAAUAAGCCACGCUUCUUCUCAGAAAAUCUCUCAGGAUUAUCUAACACCUCCUCCGGAGGUACAAGGCAACACUACAGACCUGGAUAAUAUUAUUAGCAUAAGUGACUCGCCACCUUCCAGACAAUCCUCAAGGAUAGAACGUGAUACUUUUGUCAGAACUGUUGUUAAGAAAAAGAAGAAGAAGAAACCUAAAAAAGGAUCGCUGGUUGAAAGAUUGCAAACUCUUGUUUCGAGGAAGAUAUCUUCAAUACGAAUUUGGCGGCACCAGAUGUCUCAAGAUCAUCUGAAGACCAAUUCGCCGUGUGUUACUGUUCAGAUAAAUGAAUGCACCUGGCGGUAUAGCAGGUACAUUAUUGACGGAAAGAUUAUUAAAGAUGAUAAUGAUUUAAUUGGUAGAUCUGUUAGAGAAAAUUCUUUGUUAGAUAAAAGUGUGACUGUUGAUGGUAGUAAUAAAAAUUUGUUAAGCUCGAUUAAAUUGUUGCUAGUUCCAGAGAUAGUUGGUAAAAUUAAUUUUGAGGGUAAAAAUAUUAUUAAAGUGUACCCACCGUGGGAUAUUGUUGACUUUAAUCAGGUCUUUCUUAAUAUUUUUCAUUUUAUUGUCACUGUGGACUCUAAUGUAACUAAUCAUGAAAAUUUAGGGAGGAAAAUGAAACUUGUAAAAGAAUUUAAGUGUCCAUGUUUAACAGAGAAGAAAUUAUCUGAAAGUUGUGGAGAUAAAUUUAAAAGUUCGAAAACUAAUUUUAUGCAAUAUUUAUUCCAAAAUUAA